AAAAACCAAGAGAAAUGAAAGCAACCAAACCUAUUUCCUCACAAUACGCGUGACAUCAUCCGCUGUAAUAGAUCCGCUGCACUGUUCUUUGGGGCGAAGCUAUAAAAGCAAAUGCUGUUUUGAGGUGUAUUUCUCUCGAGCUCUUAUUACGGGACAGAAGUAAAAAAUCACUGGAAAGAAAUGGCAGAAUCAGCAGCAAGUCGGUUUGUGGAUCAGUUCAGCUGUCCAGUCUGUUUGGAUGGACUGAAGGAGCCGGUGACGAUUCCCUGUGGACACAGUUACUGUAUGAGCUGCAUUACUGACUGCUGGGGCCAGGAGGAGCAGGGACCGCCGUACUGCUGUCCCCAAUGCAGAGAGAGCUUCAGUCAGAGACCUCUACUGAAGAAGAACACUCUGAUAGCGGAGAUGAUGGAGACGCUGCAGAAGACGUCUCUACAAACGGCUGCUGUGGAGUGUGAUGUUUGCACUACAGAGAAGAGCAGAGCUGUUAAGUCCUGUCUGCAGUGCUUGGCCUCCUUCUGUCAAACUCACCUGCAGCUUCACUAUCAAUCUCCUGCGUUUAUGAAGCACAAACUAGUCGAAGCCUCUAGAAACAUUCAGGAGAACAUCUGCCCCAGUCAUGGGAAACUUCUGGAGAUCUACUGUCAGGACGACCAUCAGUGCAUUUGUUGUUUGUGUACUGAUGAUCAUAAAGGACACAGUGUGGUGUCUGUGGAUUCAGAAUGGACUAGGAAAAAGGAAGAGUUAAAGGAGUUAAAAGAGACGUGCCUCAAACUGGUCCAGGAACGAGAGAGAGGGAAGCAGGAACUCAGUGAAGCUCUGAAGCUUCUUAAAAGUUCAGCGCUAGAAACCAUGGAGAACGUCGAGAAGGUCUUCACUGAGCUCAUCUGCUCUCUUGAGAAGAAACGCUCUGAGAUUAAAGAGCAGAUCAGAGCUCAGGAGAAGAAUGAGAUAGAUCGAGCAGAGGAACUUCACAGACAUCUGGAUCAAGAGCUGACAGAACUCAGAAAAAGACAAGCUGAGAUUGAAAAACUUCUGAUUACUGAGGAUCAGGUCAAUUUUCUGAAGAGCUGUCAAUCUGUGUGUGUUUUACCGACAUUUGAAAACGUUCCCAUCACUCAGCACACUCACCUGUAUUUUAAAGAUGUUUCAAUCUCAAUAUUUAAGGAGGUUUUGGAGGACGUCUGUCAACAACAAACAGCGAAAAUAUCACAACAAGUGUCAAAAGUCUGUGUUGCCAAGACCCAAAAUGAUUUUUUGCAGUAUUUCUGUGAUCUUCACCUGGAUCCAAACACUACAAACAAUGCCCUCAAACUAUCUGAGGACAAGAGGAAAGUAUCAUUUACAUAUAAAAAACAGCAUUAUCCUGAUCACCCGGAGCGAUUUGAUAGAUAUGUGAAUGUCAUGUGUCGAGAAGGUUUGUGUGGUCGUGGUUACUGGGAGGUCGAGUGCACUGGAAAGCAAUGGGCUGUAGCAGUUUGUUACAAAGGAAUUGGACGUAAAGGAGACAGUGAUGAGUGUAGACUUGGUGACAACAAAAAGUCCUGGCGUUUCAGCUUUUAUCUACAAAAUUUCUAUUUCACACAUGACAAAAAGAAAGUCUCAGUCCCUGCUGUCUGCUCCUCUAGAGUAGGAGUGUAUCUGGAUCAUGGAGCAGGAAGUCUUUCCUUCUACAGUGUCUCUGACAAAAUGACCCUCCUUCACAGAGUCCAGACCACUUUCACUGAACCCUUAUACCCUGCGUUUUUUGCUGGCUAUGGCUCAUCUGUCAGGAUCAUAGAAGAGCAGAGUUUAAAAAUAUAAUUCAUCAGAAAAUAUUAAAUAAAUAUUUUAGGGCAUUGGUUCCCUUGUUCCUGGAGGCCGCCCAACACUGCACAUUUUGUGUCGCUCCUUUGUUUGACACACUCAUUUCAGAUCUUGGAGUCUCUACUACUGAACUGAUGAUCUGAAUCAGGUGUGUCUAAGGAAACCUAUAAUGUUGGGGGGCUUCAGUAACGUGGUUUGGAACCACUGGCUCAGGGCAUCCAUUUGGCAGGUGUGGCACUAGGAUGGGGCUUGAUGGGGGUAUAGAUCCAACAGAAAAUUUAAACGAAAAAGCACAAGUGUAAACGUAUCAGUCUGAAGUUCAGGAUGGACAGGAAGAACUGCUGUCUGUCUUCACCAUAAACUGUAUAAAAGGUCGUCACACAGAGUAGCAACUCUUAAAAAAAUAACUUAAGGAAAUAGUUUUAUGAAUUGUCUGAAAUAUAUCUUUUGUAAAAAUAAAUAAAUAAAAAAUUUGAAUUUACGUUUUCCUGCAAUGACACUUGAUGGUCAAAAAAUGUGUAAAUAAAUGCAUAAUAUAUAAAUAUAAAAUAAAAAAACAUUGGAAACGAAAGCUGAGUUUAUCUGCUUACUUACCUUAAACAUCCGAGUAUGUCACGACCUACUUUCUGGAAUACCCCCCAGAAGCACUUUGAACAGAACACCUGGCAAUUGAAAAUGUCUAUAUGUAAAAAAAAUCUUUAUGAAAAAUUUCAGCUGCUCAUUUUAGUUUUGAGCUCUGGGGAAAGGAGCAGAUAAUUAUUGGCUCACAGCAACCUACAGCUGAAGACACAUAAAAUAGUCCUCAACAGACAACGGAACAGCCAUUGUUGGGUUGUUAAAAAAGGUGCGCUCAUUCAAAACAGCUGCGUUCGAUCCUUCGCUGCCUGGGUUGAUUUAAAUCUAGCUUUUCUUUUGUGUUUGUGUCCCAAGUUCAGUGACGCAGCAGUGACGAUUCUCUCCGGCCAAUCCGUGAUCAGCAGAGUUUACACGUCACGGUUUGGUAACUGUAUGUUUCACUUGGACCCUCACCCGAAGUGGUACUAAAAAAAAGUACCAGGUAGCUACUGUACCCUGUGGAAAACCCCCCAAAAGUGGGCCGUACUGAACAGUGCCUAAACCUAACAUUACAGUAAUCCAAAUACAGUAAGGUUCAGUUUGAGAAAAUUGACCAGUUUGUGGUCAGGUAGGAUAAUCUGACAGGUAGGAUGAAAUAUCUGCACAUGUGCUCUGUGUGUAAAUAACUUACAUAGGCUUGUGUAAAUUGUGUAAACUGCAUUUUUGUAAAUAUUCUAUAUAAUAUAUUAAUAUUUAGUACUGGAAUGCCCAGUACCACAAUAAAUCGCAGUCUGUCUUACACAUUUGACUAAUAAAAUGUAUUCUGACUGAA